AUGAGCAAGACGUUCGCGUUCGACGAUGCCAUUGAGGAUGGGUAUUCGGCGCAGCAGGUUUUCGGGCAGGGGACGUGCCACACGUACGACGACGUGAUCUUCCUGCCCGGGCACAUCAGUUUCGGCGCGCACGAGGUCGACCUGGCGUCGCACAUCACGAAGAAGCUCAAGCUGCGCGUCCCGGUCGUGAGCUCGCCCAUGGAUACAGUGACCGAGGACACCAUGGCCGUGGCGAUGGCCAUGUGCGGCGGCAUGGGCUUCCUGCACUACAACUCGACCAUCGAGGAGCAGGCCGCGAUGGUCAAGAAGGUCAAGGCCCACAGUCCGGGCUACGUGUACACCCCCGUGGCCGUCUCCCCGAACGACACGCUGGUCACGCUGGACAACCUGAAGGCGGCGCGCGGGCACUCGUCGGCGCUGGUGACCGACACAGGCGCUAUGGGCGGGAAGCUCCUGGGCAUCGUCACGACGCGCGACAUCGAGUUCGUCGACGACCGCAUGACCAGGAUCGGCGACGUCAUGACCAAGGAUCUCGUCACGGCCCCCGUGGGCACCACCGCGGUGGAGGCCCUGGAGAUGCUGAAGACGACGCGCAAGGGCAAGCUGCCGGUGGUCGGGGCGAACGGCGAGCUGGUCGGGCUGGCGACGAGGCGGCACUUCAAGGCGCACAUGGCGUUUCCGCCGCUCGGCGCGCCCUCGACGGACGCGCAGGGCCGCCUGCUGUGCGGCGCCGCGGUGGGCACGCGGCCGUCCGACCGCGACCGCGUCAAGGCUCUCGCCGCGGCCGGCGUCGACGCCGUCAUCCUCGACAGCUCGCAGGGCGACUCCACCUUCCAGGUCGACAUGAUCAAGCACAUCAAGAAGAAGCACCCCAACCUCGAGGUCAUCGCGGGGAACAUCGUCACGUCGCGGCAGGCCAAGACCCUCAUUGACGCCGGCGCCGACGGCCUGCGUGUCGGCAUGGGCUCGGGGUCGAUCUGCACGACGCAGGAGGUCUGUGCGGUCGGGCGCGGGCAGGCGACGGCGGUGUACCAGGUCGCGCGGUACGCGCAGGCGCAGGGCGUCCCGAUAAUCGCGGACGGUGGGAUUCAGAAUUCUGGGCACAUUGCAAAGGCUUUGGCGCUCGGGGCGAGCACGGUCAUGUGCGGGUCGCUGUUCGCGGGGACGUGGGAGGCGCCCGGGACGUUCUUCACGGACCCGGUGUCCGGCUGCCGCGUGAAGCGCUACCGCGGCAUGGGCUCGCUCGAGGCCAUGCAGAAGGGCAGCGAGGCGCGCUACCUCAGCGAGACGCAGACGCUGAAGAUCGCGCAGGGGGUGUCCGGGACGGUCAAGGACAAGGGGUCGAUCUUCGCGCAAGUGCCGUUCCUCGCGCAGGCCGUGAAGCAGGGCUUCCAGGACAUGGGUGUGCGGUCCAUCGCCGAGGCGCGCGAGGGGCUCUACACCGGGACGCUCAAGAUGGAGACGCGGUCAGGCGCGGCGAUCGUCGAGGGCGGCGUGCACGACAUGCACGCCUUCGAGAAGAAGCGAUGGUAG